AUGAUCGGAUCUGAUGGAGGAGAAAACAUCUGGAGCUGGGCCCGAGUCUUCUUCAAGUUCCUCAUCAAGGGGUGGUGGUGGUGGUGGGCCCACAGGGAAGAAGAGCAGGUACGCCGUUGAUGAUAUUGAUCAAGGAGGGGAUCCGAUCGAGUGUUCAGGUAAGCAUUGCCGAUCAUGCACUGCAGGGUUUAUAGCCGAUUGUGUGGCUCUCUGUUGCUGUCCCUGCGCUCUGUGGAACAUUCUUGGUCUGGCGUUCGUUAAAGUACCGUUGAUGGUCGGGAGGAAGUGUUUGGGGAGAGGGAAAAGGAGGAGGAAAAGAAAAUGCAAGAAAAAAGAGAGUGACGAUGAUGGUGUUGUAGUGGAGAGGGAGUGUAAUUUGGCGAGAAAUGCAGGGGCAGAAUUGGGAAUUAGUGAAUUCGAAUUUUGUGGGUUCGUUGAUGGAGGAGGAGGAGCAGAAGAGGAAAAGGGGCGUCUGAGUGCAAAGUCUGAAGCAGAGAGGGUAUGGAUGGAAUUGUAUCAGGUUGGUCAUUUGGGUUUUGGUAGAGUAUCAAUUUCAGGAUAAUUAAUUAAAUUAAUUAUCUUGGUUAUACAAAUUUUAAUUUUACACUAAAAUGCCCCCAAUAUGGUAUGUGUUGUAACUUGUGUUAAU